AUCUAAGCAUGAUCUUCCGGGUUCCAUCUGAGAAAAAUAAAAACCGACACCGAUUGAGAAAAACGGGAAGUCAACGAAUCAGAUACGUUGGAGACGAAGAUACGAGCAAAGUCGAGACUUCCCGUCGAUCUGCGGAAGAUUGAAAGAACGGGAGAUAAUCUUGCCUGAGGAAGAACGGAGACCUGACGCGAGAAGGAUGAAGAUGGAAAUGGCAGCUGGAGAUGAGAAAGGUAGAGGCCUGGCAGGCAUCGGAGAGGAAAGCUAGGUAGAACAUUUAAGCCGGUUUAAACUGUCCAACACGCUGUGAACCCUCUCUCGGAGGAGAGGUUUGUUCUUCCGCAAGGGAGGGGGAGAGAAGAGGGGUUGUUGAGAUAAAAUUUUUAACACAAGAUCGAGAGACAGUGAGAGAGAUCUGAGAACCUUGAAGAUGAGGAGGAAUUGGAGACGAAUAAAACCUAGAGAACAGAAUUAAAUGCAGUAAAAAAGGACGUUGGUAACUGAUAGCAAUUUAAGGCUUGGAUUUCUCAAUUGUAACCAAGUUUUGCGAGCGAAGUUUCUUUCUUCUUUAUUCCAAAGGAAGUAGUAAAGGAGAGGUCUCUCCAUCUUUUAAGAGGUUCUGUUUAUCUUGAAGCUUGUGAGUUCAGAAGUUAGUCCGAUUCUUUUUUCCUGACUAAACUGCUCCAUUUAAGAAUUAAGGUCAUUUGAGGGCAACUGUUAAUUCAAAUAGCUCUACAGGAAGAGUAUGGUGAAUCAUGAGGUGGAUGAAAUUUCCAAAGCGUUACCUGAUCGUCAUUUUGACAUUUAUUUGCACCUGUGUUUGCUAUAUAGAACGAGUAGGUUUCUCCAUUGCAUACACCAUUGCAGCUGAUGCUGCUGGAGUUAACCAAUCAAGUAAAGGCACCAUUCUUUCUACAUUCUACUAUGGUUAUGCCUGCUCCCAGGUGCCUGGAGGAUGGGCAGCUCAGAAAAUAGGAGGAAGAAAGGUUCUCCUUCUCUCAUUUGUAUUAUGGUCAUCUACUUGUUUCUUGGUCCCGCUUGAUCCAAAUCGAGUCAUGAUUUUGGUGAUGGCUCGCUUACUUGUUGGUGUGGCCCAAGGUUUCAUAUUCCCUUCCAUCCAUACUGUCUUAGCACAGUGGGUUCCACCUCAUGAAAGGUCUAGAUCCGUUUCGCUUACAACAUCUGGGAUGUAUCUAGGAGCAGCUAUGGGAAUGCUUGUCCUUCCAAGUCUAGUGAAGUUUAAAGGUCCACAAUCUGUGUUUGUUGCUGAAGCAGCAUUAGGUGUAAUGUGGUCUCUGCUUUGGUUUAAAUAUUCUUCUGACCCACCUCGAUCUGAUCAUCCAAAAGCGACAGCUGCUGGAUUUGGAGAGUCUUUAUUGCCAAUCAAAGGAAGUCACAAGAAUAAAGUGGAGAGUACCAGCAGAACUGCCAAAAUCCCAUGGAGAAGGAUUUUACUUAGUUUUCCAGUUUGGGCAAUUGUAGUGAAUAACUUCACAUUCCAUUACGCUCUUUAUGUGUUAAUGAACUGGUUACCAACAUACUUCGAGCUUGGGCUACAUCUAAGUCUUCAGGAUAUGGGUUCAUCAAAGAUGAUGCCUUACCUCAACAUGUUUAUAUUUUCUAAUAUAGGCGGAGUUGUUGCUGACCACUUGAUUACUAAAAGAAUCUUAUCUGUGACAAAAACUCGGAAGUUCCUCAACACCAUUGGCUUUGUAGUUGCUUCUCUUGCAUUGAUGGCGCUGCCCCUCUUCCGAACUUCCAGUGGGGCUGUCUUUUGUUCUUCUUUGGCACUUGGUUUCUUGGCACUUGGGAGAGCUGGGUUUGCUGUGAAUCAUAUGGAUAUUGCACCCAGGUAUGCAGGAAUUUUGAUGGGAGUUUCUAAUACAGCUGGUACAUUAGCCGGCAUUAUUGGGGUCGAUCUGACCGGAAAGCUUCUCGAGGCAGCAAAAACUGCUUAUUCGGAUAUUUCAAGCCCAGAAAGCUGGAGACUUGUGUUUUUCAUUCCAGGAUUGCUAUGCAUUUUUAGUUCCUUCAUUUUCCUAGUGUUCUCAACAGGAGAGAGGAUUUUCGACUGAGGUAGGCUUCAUUUGCAUGUAACUUCUGCUGGUUAUCCAUGUGGAUAACUGAACUGAGUAUGCUGAUUUCUGCUGGUAAGACUUCUACACCAAUUUUUAGUGUACAACGAUUUUACCAGGGUAAAAAGUGAUCGAGAAAUAGUGGAUAGCAAGAAAACAAAGUCAUUCUUUUAUUUGUUCACUGAGGGGAUUUACUUUUUACUCUGGAACAUUUUAAACAUGUAUUGCUGGUAAACUUUGACAGAGGAAUACGAUCAAAUAAGGUUCUUGGUGGUGGUAA